GUGUUCAUGUAUCAGUUGUCACUAAGUCGAACAACACAGACCACAAUGUUCAAGCUGGUGGUGUUGUGCACUCUCCUGGCGGUGGCGGCGGCCAAGCCCGACCUGCUCUUCCCUACUACAUACACGACUACUUUGGUGGAGCCAGCGAAGACUACAAUCUCGCAGCAGGCCAGCAGUGUCAUCCAUCCAUCACCACUGUUCUACUCUGCGGCGUACCCCUUCGCUCAUUACAUUAAAAAGCGAUCACCGGGCUUCAUUACACCUACAACAUACAUCGCCAGCGCCCCUCUAGCUACAACUUAUUCGUAUUCGUACCCAUCAUCGUUCGUCCACACCACACCGGUGCUGCACUCGUCUCCCGUCUUCACCACAGCCCAUUUAAUCAAGAAGAGAUCCGCUGCCUUGCUCACCACACCCGUCCUCGCCCACAACACUUAUUUUACAGGCACACCCGUCGCGACUACCUACUCAGCUUCUUACACCAAUGAAGUACCUUUGGUACACACUCCUCUCUCCUAUCUAACACCCGCCCAUUUCAUCAAGAAGCGUUCUGCCCCUCUGAUCGCCUCCUAUUUUGCUCCCACUACCUACACUUCCUCUUGGUACCCUGGUACCUACGCCGCUGCGGCCCCCUUAAUCUCUACUUCAUACAUUUCAACUUAUCCCUAUGGCUACUCUCCUUUCUUCUUCAAGAAGUAAAAAGGUAAACCUUACUUACUAAAUGUAUACCACCACGGCAUUGUUGUCAUUAAGAUUUUCUUUUUUAAUAGUCUGUACAUAAGAUGUAUAAUUGCUGGUAUUAUAUGGCUUACAAACUUUUGUACUAUUUAAAUAAAAAGAAUUUUGUAAUGAGUUAAAAUUU